AUGGAGGAGGAAAGGAGACAGGAGCUGAUCAACGUCCUUCUCCAAACUACUCCUGACACUGAGGAAUUCAGUCUUUUUAUAGCGACAGUUCUGUUUGAUCAUUUUUUUCUUUCAAUUGUGGAACUUCUGGAACCAUUACUUUUGAUGGAGACAUCUGGUGACUGUAGCAGCCCAUAUGUCAGGGUAACUCCUGGGUUCCUGACACAUCUGCAAGAUUUAGAGCCCCAAGUGGCAAGAAGACGCUUAUCUCAGGCACGACACCGGGCUACGCUGGCAGGACUCUUCAACAACCUGCGGGAAACUGUGUUUUCACCGUCAGACAAUUCAGCAUCAAAGUGCCAGGUUUUGCGUAAAGCUAAGAAUUAUAUCCAGGAGCUGGAGCAAACCUUGGGUACCUUGCUGAAGAUGAAAGAGUCCUUCAAUCUGGAGGAUGGGAACCCAUCCAGCUUGGAGGAAGUCAAGGAGGAAUAUGUCAAGAUGUACUUCAGCGAUCUCGGUACUGCGUCCCCUUCAGAUGCCAUGAGUGAGAGUGGCUCUACGGUCUGGUAUUUGAUUCAAGAAUAUGAAAAAAACUCAGUGGAAGAGGAUGGGAAGCCAAGACUUAUCCAGUCCCCAGCCACUUCAUCUCCUGAUCUGUUGGAGUUUGAACGGUACCUAUAUUUUUAUAAACAGACCGUGGACCUGCUGGUUGAGAAUGGGAUUGUGUGCACCGAAGAGGUCACUCUUCCUGUCGUCUCCACAACUGUUUCCCACCUGUGGCAGAAUCUGCCAGAGGAAAGAAGAGACAGCGUCUUGCAGUACUGUAGUCAGAGACAAAAUGUACUUCCAGACCCAAAGGCAGCCUGCACUGAAGGCAGUGUGAGGAACAGCAGAGCUAAUAGUCAGGAAGCCAGUGGUUCAUUGGUAUCCACACCCGACGAGAUACUAUUUGAAGAUGCAUUUGAUGUUGCUGCUGGUUUCCUUGACAGAAAUGAGACUCAACAAGCAAUGUCCAGUCCAGGCUCAAUGUUCACAGGCUGCACCUCAGAAAAUCCAGAGGAUAACCACCGGCUCUACUUGCAGAUCACUGGUUUCUUAAAGAGUCUUUUCUUUGCUGAUACACAGUUUCCCCAGGUGCCUUCGGUAGUUCAGAAAACAUGACUAAACUGUCCACCACUGUCUCAUGGAUGCUGUGCCUGUUUCCUGAACCAGGUGAAAGCCCAAGCAGGGGACGUUCUUCAAAUGCUGAUGCCUUUGUUGCUGGCUCCAGUUGCUGGGUUGAGGGAAGAGGCUGUUCAGUUUGACUAUGAGACUGUGAUGCUGCAGUGCACGGAGACCUUUGAUGAUGAAGAUUUGUAA